UAGCAUUUUGAGCAUUUCUAAGGAAUCCAGAAAUUAGGUUAAGCGUAAUCAGUCUUAAGAUAGCAUUCCCCUGACCAGUCGUAUCUACCCUAUGUGGUCGUUAUCGCGUUCUACGACAGUUAGUCUAGAACAGUUUUUGGCAAGUAAAAGGAGGAUACGGUAAUGGAAUUUCUCGUUUUCUGUGCGGCCAUCUUCUUUGUUGAUGCCGCAGUCGGUUGCAAUUUGUUGCCACGAUUACCGUCUUCUAAGAAAGUUUCAAAAUUUGAUUACCUGCCGCGUCGGAGCUUGAAGAGGUCGUCAUUUUCACAAACUCGUCGCGGGCCUUUAAUUUGGGAAGACGAGUUCGACCAUUUGGACUACAACAAAUGGACGCCCAUGAUCAGCGGCUGGCGUGGAAGCAACUCGUUCCAAAUCUAUGUCAACCGCAGUGAAAAUCUUUACGUUCGAGACGGUCAUUUGUUCAUAAAACCGACGCUGACAGCCGAUCGAUUCAGCCCCGAAUUUCUUUACAACGGGACUCUGGAUUUAACUCUCGAAGGAUGCAACGUCAAUUGGGGAGGUGGAUGCUUUUUAGAGGCCGGUGAUGACAUAAUUCAACCGAUUCAAUCCGCUCGGAUUCACACGAAAAAGUCGUUCAGUUUUACCUAUGGUAUUGUGGAAGUUCGCGCUAAAAUGCCCAAAGGCGACUGGAUAUGGCCAGCUGUUUGGAUGUCGCCUACCGACUCGGUCUACGGAAGUAAUCCGCGAUCGGGCGAGAUCGAUCUAACGGAAGUCAGAACUAACACCAAUCUCUCUUGCAACGGUAAGCCUUAUGGAAGGCAACUCAGUGGUACCACCUUACACUGGGGACCAGACGCUCAGCAUAACGGCCACCGAAUGACGUACUGGCCAAAAGUUUUAAGCCAUCCAGAUUUCUCUUCAGAUUUCCAUCUAUUUGGAUUGGAAUGGUCGCCAACUGGCUUUGAAUUUUCUGUCGACAACGUACUAAUUGGUUCCAUGUCUCCACCACCUGGCGGUUUCUGGGAAAUGGGUGGUUUUGAAGGUGAAAAUAUUUGGAAUUUAACGGGUAACGGUACUCGAAUCGCCCCUUUCGAUCAUCCGUUUCAUUUCAUCCUGGAUGUUGCGGUCGGUGGCAACAUGUUUCCAGACUGGUGUGUCAACCAGCCUUUCGGUCAACCACUUGAAAAACCCUGGAAGAUGUCAGAUCCUGUUCAGAUGCGACCGUUUUGGGAGAAAAGGGAGCACUGGUUACCCACCUGGAACAUCGAGACGGAAGACAACGCCAUGCGUAUCGAUUACAUUCGCGUUUACGCUCUUAAUCAAGAUAAAAACACCUAAGAAGUAAGUGAAUUACAGUGAAAUAAAUCACCGUUUUAUUGGCUAAUAGCAUAAAAUGUUAUAUGGGAAAGCACGGUGCAAAUUGGCUUCAAUGUAACAGUUACAUCUUUUUCCAUACUUGAAGAUUUUGAAGGAGUAGAUACACUGAGUUGUGAUAAUCUUGAGA